UUAAUUAGGCAAGAAGCGCCCGUCGGAAGAUUUUUCUGACGAGGAAGAUCUUGUCCUACUUUCAGAUUCAGAUGGGAGCGUUAGCGAUGAAGAUGCAAAUUCUUCAUGGGAAGCGACACUGUGCUUGAAAUUAGUGACGGAGACGAUCCUGACUUUACAAAUUUUCUAAUGGAAAUAACAAGCAAUGAAGUUGAACCAGUUCUCCCCAUUGAAGAAGAUUUUGUUCGCUACUCUCGACCAAAAAAGAAAAGAGGGAGGAGUGGAAAAAGAAAAGAAGGGCCAAUAUUAAUGUGGGAAGUUUUGGAACAAGAGAAUGAAAGUUGGAUUGAUGCAAAUGAAACAAAAGAUGCUGAUAUGGAUAUUCUAGACGAAGAAGUGCCCGAGAUUGCUGAGCCACCCCAAGACUUGCUGAUGCCUCUGCUUAGGUACCAAAAAGAAUGGUUGGCCUGGGCUUUGAAACAAGAGGAAUCUACAAUAAGAGGAGGAAUCCUUGCAGACGAGAUGGGAAUGGGCAAGACAAUACAGGCCAUUGCACUUGUUCUUGCCAAGCGGGCAAUCCGGCAAUCAACUUGGAGGCAUGGUGAUCCCAAUCCUUCACCGAGUACAUCAACAGUGUUGCCUGAAACUAAAGGCACCCUUGUUAUUUGUCCCGUGGUUGCUGUGAGACAGUGGGUAAAUGAGAUUGGUCGGUUCACACCUACAGGGAGCACCAAGGUAUUGGUAUAUCACGGGGCCAAUAGAAAAAAGAGUUCAGAUGAGUUCGCUGAAUACGAUUUUGUCCUGACCACAUAUUCCAUCAUUGAGGCAGAGUACAGGAAGAAUGUGAUGCCACCCAAGGAGAAGUGUGUGUUCUGUGGGAAGUGGUUUCAUUCCAGGAAGAUGUCUGUUCAUUUAAAGUAUUUUUGUGGGCCUGACGCUGUUAGAACAGCUAAGCAGUCUAAACAAGUGAAAAAGAAAAAGGAGAGUGGACUCAAACCCUCCAAGGAGAAAAUGAAAUCCUCCGGUCUUGGAAGUGUGACUGAUCAAGAUUGGGAAAGUAUAGAAGGGGCUGGCAAGAAGGCUAAUAAGCAAUACAAGCAAGAAAAAGAGCCAAUGGAGAACCCUACCUCAAGGAACUCAGUGUUGCACUCUGUGAAGUGGGAGCGCAUUAUUUUGGAUGAAGCUCAUUAUAUCAAAGAUAGACGCAGCAGUACUGCGAAGGCUGUUCUUGCUUUAGAGUCUUCAUAUAAAUGGGCUUUGAGUGGCACUCCACUUCAGAAUCGUGUUGGAGAACUUUAUUCACUGGUCCGUUUUUUACAAAUAACACCUUAUUCAUAUUACUUUUGUCGAGAUUGUGAUUGCAAAUCUCUUGAUUACAGUUCCACAUCAGAGUGUCAAAACUGUGUUCAUAAAUCUAUGAGGCAUUUUUGCUGGUGGAACAGAUAUAUUUCUAAACCAAUACAAGCAUCGGGAGAUCUUGACGAAGGCAGAAGCCGAACCAGAGCCAUGAUUUUACUGAAACAUAAACUUUUGAAAAGCAUAGUGCUAAGACGCACAAAGAAAGGCCGGGCUGCAGAUCUCGCCCUUCCUCCAACAAUUGUUCACUUGAGGCGGGAUUCUUUUGAUAUUAAAGAAGAAGAUUAUUACAAUUCACUGUAUAAUGAAAGUCAGUUGCAGUUUAAUACAUAUGUUGAAGCUGGAACUUUGUUGAAUAAUUACGCACACAUAUUUGACCUCCUUACAAGAUUACGACAGGCAGUUGAUCAUCCGUACCUUGUGGUAUAUUCCCAAGCUGCACUACUAAAGAAUGGAGGCACUGGUGAUCCUUAUAAUGGUGAAAAAGUCUGUGGCAUUUGUCAUGAGACUGCAGAAGAUUCAGUGGUCACCUCUUGUCGGCAUAUCUUCUGUAAGGCUUGUUUGAUAGAUUUCUCUUCAUCACUGGAAGAAGCCUCAUGCCCCUCAUGUUCAAAAUCGCUUACUGUUGACUUCACAUCAAAGUUGAAUCAAGGGGAUCAAAAUUCUAAAACAACAGUGACGGGGUUUAAACGUUCAAGUAUUCUGAACAGGAUUUGUCUUGAAGAUUUUCAGACUAGCACAAAAAUUGAAGCUUUGAGGGAAGAAAUCAGAUGCAUGCUUGAAAGAGAUGGUUCUGCAAAAGGGAUUGUUUUCAGCCAGUUCACAUCAUUUUUGGAUUUGAUAAACUACUCUCUCCAGAAGUCUGGAAUAAAUUGCGUUCAAUUAGUGGGAAGCAUGACAAUGGAAGCAAGAGAUUCCGCAAUACGGAAAUUCAUUGAUGAUCCAGAUUGCAGGAUUUUUCUUAUGAGCUUAAAAGCUGGAGGUGUUGCCCUCAAUCUGACAGUAGCAUCUUAUGUUUUCUUAAUGGAUCCCUGGUGGAAUCCAGCUGUUGAGCGACAGGCACAAGAUCGAAUCCAUCGAAUUGGACAGUAUAAACCAAUCAGAGUCAUACGUUUCAUUAUAGAAGACUCAAUUGAAGAGAGGAUUCUGAAGCUGCAAGAAAAGAAGGAAUUAGUGUUUGAAGGGACCAUAGGUGGUUCUUCUGAGGCUCUUGGAAAACUAACGGAGGCUGACUUGAGAUUUUUGUUCAAUAAAUAAGAUGCUGAAUAUCAUCUUGAUCAAGAGUUGUCUUCAUGCAUAUGGUAAUACUCUAAUAUAUUAGAGCAUGCUUUUCGAGUUAAUGGGGUGGCAACAUUCUGGUAUUAAUUCGAAUGAUAUUGUGCAAGUGGAGCAUCUUUUUGGU